AUGUCGAAUGUCCUCUAUGUAUUUUCUCCUAAUGCUAAUGUGGUCAAAGGAACCCAUGCUCCUAAUACUCCCAUUGUCAUCCAAGCAAAAAAUGUCGCCUUAACGGAUAUCAUCCCAAAUCAAUUCAAGAACUCACGGAUCAAAUACUUUGACAACUAUGUCAAAAGCUGCCCUCUUCACUAUGCAUUAUGUGAUUUUCCGGAGCCAUUCUAUCCUAAGCAAGUUGCAAAUCCUUAUGUUGUUGAGUCCUAUGACUCUGAAGAAGAGGAUAAUGAGGGUAAUGAUGAAGAAUACCAAUCUGAUGAUGAUAUUAAUUCAUUAGACAAUGAUAUGGUAGAGGCCUCUGAUCAUGGAAUGAUGAUUAAUUCUCCUCCAAGACUAAAGAAUCACAUUCAUUUUUCUUCGUCUUCUCCUUCACCUCCUUUUGCAGAAGCGUCUCCUCCUCCUCAAGCUAUAACUAUCCCUCCAAUUGCAAUUCCUAUAUGUACUACUGCUACCUUUCAGGAGGAGUAUAGUUCCAACUUUCAAUCAAUUGUUCUCUCCCAACUCUCCCUAUUAGUUUACAUGAAUCAAUCUCUUAGAAAAAGACUGACCAAAGUUGAGAAUUAUGUUGUUAGCAUCAAGCACAUAAUAGCUUUGGUUGAUGAUGAUUAG